UCACUUUCCUCCAUAAAACACCAUUUUCCUUCCACUUUCCUUAACCUCCGAAUUGUCCCUCCCCUCCUAAUUCAUUUCCCUCCCCUUCAUUUUCCUCUCUUCCUUCGGAAAUAGAGUGUAAAUCAUUUCAAAUCAAUCUAAUAGCGUGCCGUGAAGUCAAAUUCUUUGCCUUCAUUCGGAGUUUCGGACACUUCAUUGUACGCUCCAAAAAUUUGAUGUACUAUAAAAAGCAGCUGCUGAAGAAGAGUAAGCCUGAAGUUCAUUCUCUGAUCACCAACACUCAUAAGAGCUGCCUACAAAGAUUCUUCCUUUCCGGAAUUAGGGUUCCAUAUUGGAUCGAAUCGAGCUCACAGCAAUUAUUAGCACAACAAUGGAGGUCAUCAGAAGGGCAUCUCAUGCUGGCUCAUGGUACACCGAUAAUCCUAGAAAGCUCGAAGAAGAACUUGAUGGGUGGCUGGAUGCUGCUGGGUUGCCAAAGUCAUCCGAUGUUCGUGGAGUCAUUGCUCCGCACGCAGGUUACUCGUAUUCUGGCCGGGCAGCUGCUUAUGCAUUUGGAAACAUCGACCCGACUAACAUUUCUCGGGUAUUCCUUCUUGGUCCAUCUCACCACUACUAUACUCCCAAAUGUGCUUUGUCAACUGCGACGGUUUACAAAACUCCGAUUGGGGACUUACCUAUUGAUCAGGAAGUGAUCGAGGAGCUUAAAGCUACAGGAAAAUUCGAGUUGAUGGAUCUUCGUGUUGAUGAGGCAGAACAUAGCAUGGAGAUGCACUUACCUUAUUUGGCCAAAGUAUUUAAAGGGCACCAAGUGAAGAUUGUACCCAUUCUGGUUGGUGCUUUAAAUGCUGAGAGUGAAGCCAAGUAUGGGAAGUUGUUGGCCAAAUAUAUCGAUGAUCCCAAAAACUUCUUUUCCGUGUCCUCAGAUUUCUGUCACUGGGGUACACGGUUCAAUUACACGCACUAUGACAACAAACAUGGUGCCAUACACAAGUCUAUCGAGGCCCUGGAUAAGAUGGGCAUGGACAUAAUCGAGACGGGAGAUCCAGAUUCCUUCAAAAAUUAUUUGCUGGAGUUUGACAAUACCAUCUGUGGACGCCAUCCCAUCAGUGUUUUCCUCCAUAUGACAAAGAACUGCUCAACUAAGAUAAAGAUACAGUUUCUUCGAUAUGAGCAAUCAAGCCAGUGCAAAACCAUGAGAGACAGCAGCGUCAGCUACGCAUCUGCAGCAGCAAAGGCGGAUGGUGAGUGAAAGAUGGUGUAGAUGUUCGGUCUGGAAUUGUGUGUGGAAAUAUGUUCUUGAGAAUUGGAAAGACAAAAGAGGAGUAUGAAUUGCAUUUCAUGAUUUAAGCGCCCCUGCAAGAACGAUGUUGUCACUUUGUCCUGUACAUGCCACUAUUAGAGUGUCAGUCACGCAAAUGAUCACCAGAUCUUAAUAUUUAAAAGAACGAUCACUUACAUUUACACCUUGAAUCACUUCGGUUACUUGAUUUCAAGGGAGCGAUAGAAUUGGUUUUCAUAAGGUUCAAAGCCAUCAACGAACAUUGCCAGCCAUAGCAUUGUUCGCGAGCUUAUUGUAUUUAGU